AUGAAGAUCGCUAUUCUCUACUACUCCACUUACGGCCAUCUCCCUAUCUUGGCCAAGGCCAUCAAGGAAGGUAUAGAAGAAACCGGCUUGGCCACCCAGGUCGAUCUUUUCCAAGUGCCAGAAACGUUGUCUCCUGAAGUUUUGGCAUUGCUCCACGCCCCAGAAAAAGAUAAAGACAUACCAGUGGCCACUCCCCAGACUUUGGCUGAAUACGACGCAUUCCUCUUCGGAAUUCCAACGAGAUUCGGAACUUUGCCCGCUCAAUGGAUCGAUUUCUGGGGCCAGACCUCUGGCUUAUGGGCUUCUGGCGCUCUUGCUGGAAAGCCUGCUGGUCUCUUUGUUUCCUCCGGUUCCCCAGGUGGAGGUCAAGAAGUCACUCUCAGAAACUCGUUGAGUUACUUGGCCCAUCAUGGUCUCAUCUACGUUCCAUUGGGUUACGGCAAGGCUUUCCCACAUUUGACGUCAUUUGAAACUGUCCACGGUUCUUCGCCAUGGGGUUCUGGUACUUUUGCUGGUGCCGACGGUUCCAGAUUGCCCAACCAAACCGAAUUGGCAAUUGCCAAAAUUCAAGGUGAGUCGUUUGCUACUACCGCCAUCAAGUUUUUCAACGCCAAGGCUAAGACUUUAGACCCAUCUGCUGCACCUGCCACUGCUGACUCCUCUGAAACAGCUCUUGGUACUGCCCAAGCUUCUCAAGAAAAGAUCACCAAGGAAAGCAAGGAGGCCGUCAAGACUGCUGCAAAAUCUACUACUGCGCAAAGAGCUACUCAAUCCGCCAAGUCCACCGCAGCCGACGCUGAAAAGAGCUCCUGUGCCAAAUGUGUCAUUAUGUAAAACAAUUGAACCUACUAAAAAAUAGAACAAAGUUUGUUCAAGCCUAUAUGUUCAUAUCUUCAGUUCCAGCAUGUUGUGAAUUGCUGAGUACCCUUAAUCCGUUCCCUUCAUCAUGUAAUAACUAUAGACUCUAAUAAAUAUUACUGU